UCUCCAAAAACCCAGCUCUCCUAUAUUUUUGUCUAUAUAUAUCUAGCCAGAGAUCCCCUUUUUUCAAACAUCCUCAACAGACACAUUCACUGUCUCCCACCGGCCACUGCUUUUCUUGAAACUCUUUGGCUUCAAAAUAUGAAGAACAUCAUGAAGAAUCCAGCUGCCUUUAUAUCAAGCUUUUUAAUCUUCCUAGUUCUUUUCUCAUGUCUAACAUCAACCGCAGCUCAAGAAGUUGAAAAUGAGAGAGAGUUCGAUUAUGCAGAAGGGAGCGAGAAGGGGCCACGUCAUUGGGGAGAAAUCCAUGAAGAAUGGGCGUCUUGCAAUAAUGGAAGCAUGCAAUCUCCCAUAGAUAUGUCAAGUGAGAGAGUCAAAUUGAUUCCCAAGUUAGGGAAGCUCAAGAGGAAUUACAGGUCUUGCAAUGCCACUGUCAAUAACAGGGGCCAUGACAUUUCUGUACAUUGGAUAGGUGAUCGUGCAGGAUCAAUACAGAUCAACGGCACUGAUUACUUUCUCAAGCAAGGCCACUGGCACUCCCCUUCUGAGCAUUCCAUCAAUGGCAGGAGGUAUGAGUUGGAGCUUCAUAUGGUACACGAAACCUUGAACCCAGGUGUAAAAAAAAUUGCUGUCGUUGGACUCUUCUACAAGAUUGGCCCACCCGAUGCUUUCCUCUCAAAGUUGAUGAGAAGCGCUACCGUUAUGUCGAGCCAAGAUUUGGAUAUACAAGAGUUAGAUUAA